UUAUGAAAUAAUAAUAAUUUAUACUAAUUAUUGAGCUCUCGUCACGUUUUCGGAAUUCUCGUUCCGACAUUUUAUAUCGGUGACCUUGUUCUCCCUGCAGCUCACGCAAUUUCAGUAUUUUGAAAAUAAACAAUGGCUCCCCCAUCAUACUCUGAUUUAGGAAAAGCAGCACGUGAUGUUUUUAGCAAAGGAUUCAAUUGGGGCUUUUUUAAAUUGGAUGCCAAGACAAAAACACAAAGCAAUGUUGAGUUUAAAGCUUCCUUGAGCUCAAACAGAGACACUGGUAAAGUGUCUGGUAGUCUUGAAACAAAAUACAAAUGGACAGACUAUGGUAUCACUUUUACUGAGAAAUGGAAUACAGACAAUGUGCUGAAUACAGAAAUCAAAAUUGAAGAUCAAAUUGCUGAAGGAUUAGAGUUGACAUUUGAUACAUCAUUUGCUCCACAGACUGGUAAGAAGAGUGGUAAAAUCAAGACAGCUUACAAAAUGGAUUAUGUACACUUGAACUGUGAUAUGGACUUGGAUUUUGCUGGGCCAACCAUUCAUGGUGCUGCAGUAUUAGGGUAUGAAGGCUGGCUUGCUGGAUACCAGGUGUCUUUUGACACCUCAAAAUCUAAGCUUACUCGCAGCAACUUUGGUUUUGGAUUUAAUGGUGGCGACUUUGCAUUCACAACACAUGUCAACAACUCCUGGAAGGAUGGCAAUAAUGAUGGUCAAGAAUUUGUUGGCUCUGUGCACCAAAAAGUGAGUGAUAAUCUGGAAGCUGCAGUGAAUUUAUCAUGGGCAGCUGGUACUGGUAGCACCACAUUUGCUGUAGGAGGCAAAUACAAGCUGGACAAUGAUGCAUCUAUUAGUGCUAAAGUGAACAACUCAAGUCAUGUAGGCAUUGGCUACACACAGACUUUGAGAGAUGAAUUAGCCAAUGGAGGAAUAAGAGUGAAGAUGACUAUAUCUGCCUUGAUAGAUGGCAAAAAUAUUAACCAAGGAGGCCAUAAGGUUGGCUUGGGAUUGGAGUUUGAAGCCUAAAUGGUCUGUAUACAAGUGACAGUGGUGUUAGGGAGGUUGUGUGAAGCUUAACGCUGGCAAGAAUGUUCUCUCCAUGAGACUUGACAAGACAACUUGAGGACAUUAUUUUUUACUUGUAAUCUUUCUGCCGGCAGAGAUAAGCACCAUUUUCCCAUUUUUAAUAAUCAUUUUUAUUUAAAAGCAUAAUGCAUUAUACGUUACACUAGCAAUUUUUAGUAUCAAAGAAUGACCUACGCCCAAAUUUGUGUGAUUAUCUAAGCAAUUUCUGCCAAGGAAACCUUAUUUGAUUAACUAAGCAAAGAUCUUUUAUAGAAUGUAGGAUAUUAUUUGUGCAGCUCAGGAAAGAUCUGAUUAGCGUCUGUUUGCAUGCCUCAAUCAUCUUGAAUGUGUUUAUGCCGUAAGACAAGGAUGAAUAAUGGGCAUGUUUUAUACAAGGUGCACAUAGAAUGAACGACCCAGGGUUUUUGUUUGUUCCUGAGGGGGAGUUAAGUUUUUCUUACCAGUAUUUAGAGGGAUUCCUAUCUGGAUGGUAUUUUAUUCCAGUAUAGUUGAAUUCAUUAGUUCUGGGUUUUUAUUUUUAAAUAUUAUUCUGGACUUAAGUUGGUCAUGUCUGUAUUAUGUAUGUUUGAAUGGCUAAUAAACAAACCUGUAUGUAUUGUC